UAGAUCGCCGGAAACGUAUCAUGAUCGUAAAAACAUUAUUUAAAAAUGAAAACAAACAAAUCAUGAUAGACAUGUUUUCCAUAAUUGAUUAUUAUUUUUUUAUAAAUGAAAUUUAACUCAUAAUUUUUAAAAAAAAUCGAAAGUCACAGCAGUUAUUAACUAAAAAUUAUUUUUAAUUUCUUUUCAUGGAAGGACUAGUUAUAGAGAAUUCUUGAAUUUAUAAAUUUUACAAAUGGGAAAGGGUCAAAAAUCAAAAGGCGAGGGAAAGCGAGAAAGAAAGGACAUUUACGAACGCUUGUGUUAUCUUUUUGAGGCUGGUUAUACUUUAGUUCUGGCUUGCCCCUCCAAUACGGGAUUAAUUUGUUCCUAUGGACAUAUGAUCACGAUGCUAGCAAAAAAAAAUCUUUGUAAACUCUAUCCCCACAUAAAGAGACAUAUUUGCAAGAAGUGCCACUUAAUUUUGCGACCAGGUUUGACGUCAAAAGUGAUGCUUAAAAAUAAAAAGAAUGGAAGAGGAAAGCACACUGAAGUGACUUGUCAAUUGUGUGGGACAAAAAAACAUUUCCUCAACAACCCUAAUCACAAAUUAUUUAUUGAUAAAGAAAUAGAAAAAAACAAAAAUAAAUUAAUUUGAUACUUUAAGUUAUUUGAAUUCAAUAUCAAUCUCCAAUUUUUUAUUUAUGGUUGACUAACACAAUAGAUAUGCUUCACCUUUUAAAAAUUUACCUAAUGAAGUAAGGAGGCUAGUUCUUAACAAAGUCUUAAGUUUUUAAUAAUUUGAUUUGAUAGUUAAGGCAAUUCUGCAAAGGCUCUUGUCAUUUGAAGUAAUUAUUUUUAGUAAAUAACAAUUAUUUUUUUCAAUAAAAGUUGUGAGUUUGUAAA